CCAUCAUGUCCAGUAGGCGGCGUUUGACCUUUGUUGCAAUAUUUCAUUUUGUUGAACAUGUUCAUGCAUGCAAUUUCUUGACUUGAUCAUUUUGGGUUGUGCUUUUUUUUUCAGAUACACGUGCGCCCCGCGACAUUGCUAUCCCCUCCAGUAUUCUCCACGACGUCGAGAAUUUAUCUGCUGCCACAUGCAUGUGCUUUGCGUUGAUUUUUGGAGACAUAUAUUCAGAAAGCCGCUCAGGCUUUAACGAACGUUCCAAAUGCUGCUUGGCGCUUAAUUGGCUGCUGAUGAGGCUAUUUAUGACGUCACCCCUCCUCUCCCUCCUCCUCCCCACCUCCAUCACCUCUUCCGUCUUUCUCUCCUACCCCAAGCAACAUGGCCGCUAAGUCUGAUGGAGCAGCGGUGGCUGUGGAAGAUGACAACCCGCCCAGGAGCCUCUCGGAACCAGGCCAAGCCACCCCCGCCGCCUCCACCGCGGCCGCCGCCCGGCCCCGGUGCGCCCCCGCGGGCGGACAGGCGUACACGCUGCUGGACUGCUGCUGGGUACUGUGCGCCCUUCUCGUCUUCUUCUCCGACGGUGCCACCGACCUGUGGCUGGCCGCCGACUACUACCUGCGAGACGACUACUGGUGGUUCGGCCUGACGCUAGUCUUCGUCGUGGUGCCGUCCGCCGUCGUGCAGGUCCUCAGUUUCAGGUGGUUCGUGUACGACUACUCCGAGCUGAGCGGCGCGGACGCAGCGGCGGGAGCGGCGAGCGAAGCAACCAGCGACGCCGCUGUCGGAACCAAGGACAGCGACCAGCGCGGCGCGGGUGCGGCGGCGAGCAACGCGGCGAACGCGACCGCCGUCCCCGCGCCCUCUUGCGCCUCCGCAGCGACCGAGAGAGGCGGGCGACCACGGAGAUGUUGCACGGUCUGCAUGUGGGUCUUUCAAACGGUGCUCCACGCCUUACAGCUGGGACAAGUGUGGAGGUAUAUCCACGCACUCUUCCUGGGCGCUCAGAGUCGCUGGCACGGUGACGGUUCCCACAACCGUUUCCACUGGCGGCUAAUGUUUGAGAGCGCCGACAUAACCAUGCUUCGUCUCCUGGAGGCAUUCCUCAAGUCGGCGCCGCAGCUUGUCCUUCAGCUAAGCAUCAUGAUCCAUGGAAACGCCGUCCUCCCGCUGCAAGGUCUAUCGGCCUCGGCCUCUCUGGUGUCGCUGGCCUGGAUGAUCGCAUCCUACCAGAAGGUUCUGAGGGAUUCGCGUGAUGACAAGCUGCCCAUGUCCUACAAGGCCGUCAUCGCCCAGAUCCUCUGGCACUUGUUCACCAUCGGGGCCAGGACCGUGGCCUUUGCCCUCUUUGCCUCCGUCUUCCAGCUCUAUUUUGGAAUAUUCAUCGUCAGUCACUGGUGUAUAAUGACAUUCUGGAUAAUCCAAGGUGAGACUGACUUCUGCAUGUCCAAGUGGGAGGAGAUCAUCUACAACAUGGUGGUGGGCAUCAUCUACAUCUUCUGCUGGUUCAACGUCAAGGAGGGGCCCAGCCGCCUCCGCAUGACUGUCUACUACACGGUAACGCUGGCGGAAAACGUGGCCCUGACGGCCGCCUGGUACACAUACCGUGGCCCUCACACCUCCGACUCGUACGCUCUGGUGGUGGUGUGCCUGGUGGCCUGCAGCUUCGCCUUGGGGACUUUCUUCAUGUUGGUCUACUACUGCUGGCUGCAUCCUGACGGGCCAGUGCUGGGCACAAAUUGGGGAGGGUGCGUGGAUGAGGGGAUAGUGAGCGCAAGCGGCGUGGUGGGUGUGAUCGACGCUUGUCUCACGCCAUCCCAAGGCUCGCAAACAGACAUGGUCAUCACCAGUCCUCCCAGGACUCUUCCCAGGACUAAAGACACGGGAGACAUGGUUCCCGGGGAUCCGGAUAGGGACAGGGAUCGGGACAGUUGCCUGCCGGUUUUCCAGGUGCGUCCGUCCCCUUCAUCCUCCCCGGCGCUCCUCCACAGGACCUCCUCCUCACAAGAGGGCCCUGUGAUCCGGAUCGACCUCCCAAGGAAGAGGUAUCCGGCCUGGGAUGCCCACUUCAUUGACCGUCGCCUUCGCAAGACCAUCUUACUUCUGGAGACCACGUCAGCGUCCAGCCCCAGGAUACAAUACCGGAGUAGCAUGAUGGGCAGCAAAGAGGUGCUGGAGUAUGAGACCACUGUUUAGACAACGCGGGCUUCUUACACUGUAGAAAUGCAGUCUUGGGUCAAGGCUCAGCCAGAGACCAGUUCUCAUCCCAGGGCUCGCUCUGCCAGGAGACACUCAGACAUUGAACAUGGACAGGUUUUUUUUGUCACAAAAGACGGGUGUCUAUACUUGAUUGUAAAAUGUGAAGUGCAAUCCCUGGCCAAGGCACUCUCUCCGCUUGACCAGGUCCUGGUUGAAGCUGAUGAGGGAGUAGGAAUCGGAUAAUCGUUGUUUAAUUGAAACGCUUGGAGGUGAGAAAUUUAAUCUCUCAUGGUGGGACAGAGAAGUGCAGUAUUAGAUUUCAUCCUUCAUGUCAGAAUGAGAUUAAUGAGAUGAUGCAUGAAUGAACAUGAGCUCAAGACUGUGUAAAGCCCUCGCCCCCUACUAUCUGCUAAAAAAGGGGGGAGGUGAUAAUUCAAAGACUGGGACCUGGAAUUCUUGAAGAGCAAACUCACAUGCUGACAAAAGCCUUCCAUCCGUAAUUUAAAUGUUACCAUUAAUCAAAACUAGACUGAAAAAAAGAUCUUUAGUGUAAAAACAAAAGCGAAAAAGAUAGCAAUUGAACAUUGGCACGUCGUCAGCCGAUUGAGCAGAGUUCUAACUUAAUGUUGAGAGUACAAAACAUUUUGACUGUUGUCUCACCGAGUGAAAACAUAAUCACAACUUCCAGUCGAUUGCAUGUCCUUCUGACCUCGGAAAAGCAUAACACACGCGUCCUUCUAGGUCCACAUGAUGGGAUAAAGUGUUUACAUCACAUGAUCAAGGACUGGCGGGACUAGAGAGCCACCUCACACUGUUGUACAGUCAAGUAAAUACUAAUGUCAGAUAUAAGCUAGUAAAACACGUAGUUACUGUAGGUGACCAGUGACUCGACAGAGUCUAAAUGUUAAUUCAAGUUGACUUUUAGCAAAAGAUUCAUAGUGGGGCCCAUAGUUCUUCUACAGUCUUUUUCACUUUUUAUUGGGAAAGUAUGUUUGAAUUGUCUGUCAAGCGAGUGAGGAUGAGCGUUAUCGAGGGUUGGUGUAAUUGUCAUUUGGAAAUACAACCUUGAGUUCACAAUGGUAAUACCCCCAAAAGAAAAUUUAGCUAGGCUAACAAGUUAGCAUGUCAAGCUAGAGAGUGAAUUAGUUUUUGAAGGGCAAUGUCGUUUACAAAAGGAAACCGCAUACCAGCCUUUUAUUCACGGAUAAGCUACACUCACAGGUAAAAUAAAGAAAGAGCAUAAUUGAUUUUAAACAUCAAAUGGUGACAUUAGCACAACCACAUGUGUCGAAGCUACGUGCCUUGAAAAAGUAUUCUUACACCUUGAACAUUUUCACAUUUUGCCACCUUACAACAACAAAUAUCAAUAUUGGUUAUUGAGAUUUUGUGUGAUCGGUCAACACAAAGCAGGAAAUAACUGAAUUGGAACAAAUUUUAAGAGAAUUCAAAUCUGAAAAAUGUGGUGUGCAUUUGUAUUCAGCCCUCUCAAUAUGAUGAGUUACCUUUCAACAGGUCAAUUAUUUUGGGGAAUAUCUCUACCAGCUUUGCUCAUCUUUAAAUGGAAAUGUUUGAUUUGGGGACACCACAUUUUUCAGGCAUACACAUUCAAGUCAAAUUUUGAAAACCAUUUUUCCUUCCUAUUUGACUUCACAAGUAUGUGCUACUUUGUGUUGGUCUUUCACAUUCAAUCUCAACAAAAAUACACUCAAAUUUGUGAUUGUAUGGUCACAAAAAUGCAACCAAAAAAAAGUACAAGGGGUAUGAAUAUGUUUUUUAAGGAACUGUAAGUUCAGGCACUUCUCACAGGCUAGAGAUUUAUUACUUUUUUUCCCCCCUCACAAAUUUUAAUAUUUUCACAGACAACUUCAAUUUUCCUUGGGACAAUUUUCUUUUGUGAUUUAAAUGUAGUAUAGAAAAAGUAAAAACAUAGGGUACCGUGAAGAUCUUAGUCCCCCAUUAGAUUUUUUUUUGUGCAGCCCUCCAACAUGGCUGAGCUAUUCACUAAAGUAUGAUUAAUGGGGUGUUGUCAUAUAAUAUUUGUGUUAGUUUGUCCAUCUUUUGGUCAGUAGGGAGCCUACUUCCUGGUUCAUGGAGGACGAUGAACAGACGGAGUGCCAUAGUGACUCUGAUGAUGAAAUGGUGCGAUUGAUAUCAUUGUCAGAAGAUAAAAAUAACCCGUGUCAACACUUUUAAAACAGCAAAGCUAAUGAUGACUGUACAGUAGUGUAUGCGGAUGUACGUGAGAUACUUUUUAUUGACAUAACUGCGUUUUUGGUGUAUUUUCUGUUUUGUUUUUCUAAUUCUGACUUGUCAGAGAAGGGACUAUUUGCAUAAGGAUAAUAUCAGCCUGAUUGGGGUGCUGGAUUUUUUUACUCAACUUAACACUUCAAAAAUUACUUUGGAAACCCAGUCAUAAUGUUGCAAUACAAAUAUGACCACAGUUUUUUGUGUGUAUUUUGUAGCCAAAACUCAAAAAGUACUCCCCCCGGUUGAUAUGAAAUACAACGUGCUAGUAUGCUGAGAUGCCAGGAAGAAGAAAAAACACCUCAGUAAAAGUUUUAUCAGUGCUGAAGUUAUCAACAUAUCAAACUGCUCCCUUCCUUUCGGACCCUUGUACUCACUAGGUGCUUAUAACGCAUUCAUGUUAAAUCAAAAAGUGCCAAAAUGACUAAGACUGCUGCUUUUUUCCCCCAGUAUAAUAUGUUUGCGACACAGUACAGUACAUUCAGGCAGUAUCCAGACCCUGCAUCCUCUUUUUGACACUUAUGUAUGUAUCUGACUUAUAGAAAAAAAAAAAGGAUCAGUAUUAGCCUCCCUUCUCCAUGAGUGGUGGAAAGGUUUGAUAUUUUUUAAACAGUCACCAAUAAUUUGAAAAGGCAAAAGAUUGACACCAACAGGACUAAAGUGGAACUGCAACAACUGCAA